GCCGCGUCUCCAAGCCUCGGCUGCUCUCCGCCCCCCGCCCUUUUCUUCCCUCCCAGUGGCGGCCUCCCUCCUUCUCCCCCCUACCCGUCCGCCCGCCCGCCACCUCCCCCCGGUUUCUCGUUUCUGCCACUAGCGCGCUCGGCGGCUCAUUCCUCGGCCGCCGCCAGCAGAGGGGAGCGACGCGGGCGGAGGAGCAGACGCAGCGGGGGCCGCUCGCAGCCGCCGCCGACUUGUGAAUGGGACCCGGACUGGGGCCGGGGCUGACAGCUCUGCGCCCGCCCUGCGCCAGGGGCCAACGACCGGGUGGUUGCGUCCGCCGCAAGGGGCCCAGAAAUCACUGUGAUUUUGGCUUGGUGGCCCCGUGACAUUCAUUCCUGUCAUCAUCUGUUGAGUGACCAAUCAGAUGGGUGGAGUGUGUUAUAGAAAUUGGCAGCAAGUAUCCAAUGGGUGAAGAAGGAAGCUUUUCUUUCCCUACACCCUGUUUCUGCCUUGGAACUGGUGGACUAUGGACCAAAACAGCGAGCCAAAAUAAACUGCUCCUUCUUUAAAUUAAGCUGACUGGGGAAGUAGGCAGCCCUGACGUGAUGUGCUCAGAAAGUGAAGACAUUCCAUUCAAAGAAAGGUCUGCUUGACGCAUCUGGGAAGCCAUCGUCAGACAGAACUGCCACUUGGUUGGUGGAAGGGGUGACAGCUGCAUUCCCUUGUGCCUACCACGUAACCAAAAAUGAAGGAGAACUAUUGUUUACAAGCUGCCCUGGUGUGCCUGAGCAUGCUGUGCCACAGCCAGGCAUUUGCCCUUGAGCGACGAAGCCACCUGCAUCCCUCAUUCCAUGGGCACCAAGAGAGAGGCAAGGAAGGGCAGGUGCUGCAGCGCUCUAAGAGAGGCUGGGUCUGGAACCAAUUCUUCGUGAUAGAGGAGUACACUGGGCCUGAUCCUGUGCUUGUGGGCAGGCUGCAUUCUGAUCUUGACACUGGUGAUGGGAAGAUUAAAUACAUUCUCUCAGGUGAAGGAGCUGGAACCAUUUUUGUGAUUGAUGACAAAUCAGGGAACAUUCAUGCCACCAAGACGUUGGACCGGGAGGAAAAAGCCCAGUAUACACUGAUGGCUCAAGCGGUGGACAGGGAAACAAACCGACCACUGGAGCCAGCUUCCUCAUUCAUUGUCAAGGUCCAGGACAUUAAUGACAACCCACCGGAGUUUCUACAUGAGAUCUAUUAUGCCAACGUGCCUGAAAGGUCCAAUGUGGGAACAUCGGUGAUCCAGGUAACAGCUUCUGAUGCAGAUGACCCCACCUAUGGAAAUAGUGCCAAGUUAGUGUACAGUAUCCUUGAAGGACAACCUUACUUUUCAGUGGAGGCACAGACAGGUAUCAUUAGAACAGCUCUCCCCAACAUGGACAGAGAAGCCAAGGAGGAAUACCAUGUGGUAAUCCAGGCCAAGGACAUGGGUGGACAUAUGGGUGGACUCUCAGGAACUACCAAAGUGAUGAUCACUCUGACCGAUGUCAAUGACAACCCACCAAAGUUUCCUCAGAGCGUAUACCAGAUGUCUGUGUCAGAAGCAGCUGUCCCUGGGGAGGAAGUAGGAAGAAUGAAAGCUAAAGACCCAGACAUUGGAGAAAAUGGCUUAGUCACAUACAAUAUUGUUGAUGGAGAUGGUAUGGAACUGUUUGAAAUCACAACAGACUAUGAAACACAGGAGGGUGUGGUGAAGCUGAAAAAGCCUGUAGAUUUUGAAACCAAAAGAGCAUAUAGUUUGAAAGUAGAGGCAGCCAAUGUGCACUUCGACCCAAAGUUCAUCAGUAAUGGACCUUUCAAGGACACUGUCACAGUCAAGAUCGCUGUUGAAGAUGUUGACGAGCCCCCCAUGUUCUUGGCUCCAAGUUAUAUCCAUGAAGUCCAAGAAAAUGCAGCCCCUGGCACUGUGGUUGGGAGAGUGCAUGCCAAAGACCCUGAUGCUGCCAACAGUCCAAUAAGGUAUUCAAUUGAUCGUCAUACUGACCUCGACAGGUUUUUCACUAUUAAUCUAGAGGAUGGUUUUAUUAAAACCACAAAACCUCUGGAUAGAGAAGAAACUGCCUGGCUCAACAUCUCUGUCUUUGCAGCAGAAAUCCACAACCGACAUCAGGAAGCCAAAGUCCCAGUGGCCAUUAGAGUGCUUGAUGUCAAUGAUAAUGCUCCCAAGUUUGCUGCCCCCUAUGAAGGCUUCAUCUGUGAGAGUGAUCAGACCAAACCACUUUCCAACCAGCCAAUUGUUACAAUUAGUGCAGAUGACAAGGAUGACACAGCCAAUGGACCAAGAUUUAUCUUCAGCCUACCCCCUGAAAUCAUUCACAAUCCAAAUUUCACAGUCAGAGACAACAGAGAUAACACAGCAGGAGUGUAUGCCCGGCGAGGAGGGUUCAGUCGGCAGAAGCAGGACUUAUACCUCCUGCCCAUAGUGAUCAGCGAUGGAGGCAUUCCGCCCAUGAGUAGUACCAACACCCUCACCAUCAAAGUCUGCGGGUGUGACAUGAAUGGGGUGCUGCUCUCCUGUAAUGCUGAGGCGUACAUCCUGAAUGCUGGUCUAAGCACAGGGGCGCUCAUCGCCAUCCUCGCCUGCAUCGUCAUUCUCCUGGUCAUUGUAGUUUUGUUUGUGACCCUGAGAAGACAAAAGAAAGAACCACUCAUUGUUUUUGAGGAGGAAGAUGUCCGUGAGAACAUCAUUACCUAUGAUGAUGAAGGGGGUGGUGAGGAAGACACAGAAGCCUUUGAUAUCGCCACCCUCCAGAACCCAGAUGGUAUCAAUGGAUUUAUUCCCCGCAAAGACAUCAAACCUGAGUACCAGUACAUGCCUAGACCUGGGCUCCGGCCAGCACCCAACAGCGUGGAUGUGGAUGACUUCAUCAACACUAGGAUACAGGAGGCAGACAAUGAUCCCACCGCCCCUCCCUAUGACUCCAUCCAAAUCUAUGGCUACGAAGGCAGGGGCUCAGUGGCUGGGUCCCUGAGCUCCUUAGAGUCUGCAACCACAGAUUCAGACUUGGACUAUGACUAUCUACAGAACUGGGGACCUCGUUUUAAGAAAUUAGCAGACUUGUAUGGUUCCAAAGACACUUUUGAUGAUGAUUCUUAACAAUAAAGAUACAAAUUUGGCCUUAAAGAACUGUGUCUGGCAUUCUCAAGAAUCUAGAAGAUGUGUAAACAGGUAUUUUUUUAAAUCAAGGAAAGGCUCAUUUAAAACAAGCAAAGUUUUACAGAGAGG